CAACCACAGCUGAUAAGCUAAUCAGGCUUCAUUAAUCUGGAAAUUUCCUAAUUUUCAUGGGUCACUGUACUUUUUUGGCCAUAAAAUCAAUAUUUGUAAAGAUACAGUAAUGAAACAAACAUGUUUCAAACGGUCAUAAAAUGCUCCAUAUGGCUAUAUAAAUCGUUUUCCAGCUGUAUACCCCACUGAGACCAAAGGCUUUGUUUAUUCAGAGCAGCAUGACAUUUUCUAACAAGUUGCCGAUAAUCCCACUAAAGAGGCGUUGCACUCGUCAGGUACCUUCUUCAAAUCAAAAUGCGAGUUACAAGAUUCUAAUGAAUAUUAAAAUAAUUUAUGUAACAAGAAAGCUGAUUGGAUGACCUUUACGAUGGUAGGCGUGAAAUUAACGUCCGAUAUUCAAGAGCCAAAAUAUAGUCCCCUAAAGUCAACUUGAAAACUUUGACAAAAUACGCAUUUUUUCAUAUUUUCACGAAAAGUUAUGAAAAAUAUAAUGUUUGCUGUUUAAUUUGGUAUAAAAAUUAUAUUUCUGAGUUUACUAUAAGUAUACCGCAUUUUGUUUUGAAAACGGCGACCUUUCAUCUACAGAGGUCAACACGCGUGCAAUCCAAUAUGGCGGAUCACGGCAGUUAUCGCCGAGUACACUAAUUACGAAAGCCGAUAAAUACUGGCAAAUUACAAGCGUACAUCAUAAAUAUUUCGAUCUGAAUCAAUCGCUGGCAGAGAUGCCUCCCCUUGGACCUUUUUGCCAGUCCUCUGGCAUCACUACAGAAUUAUUAGAGACAGGAAAGUUUCCUUUGUUGGCAAGCUUAACCAAUGGACUUGUGUUAGAACUUAAACACUAUGCAGAUUCGAAAAGUUUUACGCUACAGCAGUUUGUCGAUUUGUUGUCCCGACUCAGUCCAAUGUUUUCAGCAGCAAAAUCGGUAACAUCAGUGUAUAAUAGAGUUAAUACCCUAAAAGAACAGAAAAGAAAAUUGCAUUCUAAGAAAAAGGUGAAAGGCGUGAAAAAUGUAACUGAACUCCUGAAUAAAGAAUUUCAUGUAACAGCCAGUGUAAUAAGUACAGAACAAACUGAAUUGUCAUCAAAUUUCAAUUCGGAGGCAGAGGUAUGCAAUGAUGUCCAUCCCGCAUCAGAAAAACACAAAACAGAAAGUCUGCAGAAAACAGACAUCAGCGUGCAAACAGAUGGAAAUCCUGAUGAUGAUGCAAAAACUACAAAAAAAUGGAACAUGAAAAAGUACCUUUGUAACAAACAAACUAGACAGUUGAGGAAAAUACAAAAACAAAUCAGAGAACAUGAACAAAAAAUGCAGAAAAUAAGCAGUCGUACAGGACACUAUUCAGUAAAAAAUGUGAAUAAGCGUGAUGAAAAUUCGAGAAAGAAUAGUCUUCUUUUGCGUAAAAGUUCCAGCAAGGUCAGGGCACAACAGUUUAAAAUCAAAAAGUUGUCGGAAAAAAAUGUGUUGACUGAACGACGAUUGAAAGAGAUUCAAGAAGAAUAUGAUGCAUUAACUGUACAGAAUGAAAAUUUAAAAGAUAUAAACAGAUCUCUUAAAGAGCUGUCUCAAAGUGAAAAGGACAAAAAAGUGCUAGCUCAGAAGUCCAACAGCUAUCUGAGAAAGGAGAUUUCUGAUCUGCGGACAAAUUUAAAGCAGUGUGUCGACAGUGAUUUUCUUUUAGAAAGUAGCUCACAUGAAAUAUGUAACAACUCCAUUAAACAAAUGAAGUUACUCUUGGAUGAGAAAGAGCAACAAAUAAAUGAAUUACAAGAAGAAGCAAUAGAAAAAAAGAAAAUUGACACUAGAAAUGCAAAUGGAUGUUUCACGGACAAUGUUCGCCUCUGUGUAAUGGAGCUCGCUGCUCUUGAAGUUGCGACAGAGAAAGUGUCGAAAGUGAUUCAGUGUGUUUCGUCCCAUUUACAUAAUUAUAGCUUGAAAAAUGACGAGCUGCCAAAUUCUACAACAGUGCAGACAAUAGUUGAUGAGGGCACUUCAUAG